CAGCACCGCCUCAUGCAUCCUUCCAUCUCCCAACUCGGGCAGGCGUCAUAUUUGCGACUUUGACAGCCACGGCGAUCAUGUAUAGAUAGAUGACCCGGGCCUUGGUGUUGUUCUUCACAUUGCUCCAAUAAGCCGUUGGCUAUUUAUGCCCCGGUGGCCGCCGCAAUGCCGUUGUUUACCCCGUCGCGCAUCGCCAUCCUUGUCCUCUCCUUGUCGCUCAUCAGCUUCUUCUGGACCUUUGGCCUACCGUCGCAGCUCGGACAGCCCUCGCUGCCCAUCAUAGACCAUUAUGACCACACACAUGUGCAUACAGAGCCGAUAAUACCAGCACCCAUAAUCGAAUCGACGCACGCGACAGCGCCUUCACCGACGGUGCAUGGGGACCGACCAGCGGAGGACAACGAUCAUAGGUGGGAGGACGCGACAACGAAGGCAGGGAGUGCAGAUAAGCCGACGACAGCGCCUGGAUCGCUCGGAACAAGGCCUACCGGGCAUGACGAGGAUGGCGGAAGAUGGAGCGACAAGGACAAGCUGACGGAGGGAGUGAAGACAGCAGCGAGCGCAGCACCUGUCCCUACGACACUUCUCACAGCAUUGAUACCCGCCCUCAGCGGCCUGAAUGCGACGAAUGCGACCAUUGCAAGCUCAGCAACCACCCCUACACCCGAGGUCGAGAAAUUCUGCAAAGACGUCCACGGUGCACCCAACGUCAUGGUCGUGCUUAGGACAUCCAAGGCCGAGAUGGACAAGAAGCUGUCCCCGCAUCUCCUCGGCCUGCUCUCCUGCGUUCCCAACUUCGCCAUCUUCAGUGACCAUGCCGGCGAAUUCCAGGGCCACACCGUUCACAAUGCACUCGAGUCAAUCAGCUUCGACGCCAAGUUCAAUCACGACGAGUUCCGCGAAUACCAGCUCAUGCACGCGGAUCCCGAGCACAAGCCAGAUCCAAAGAAGACUAAAGACCUAGAGAGGUGGAAAUUCCUGCCCAUGGUGUACAAGGCAUACCAUCUGAACCCGAGUGCCAAGUUCUACGUCUUCAUCGAGGCGGAUACGAGUCUGAGCUGGACGAACUUGCUGCAAUGGGUGAACCGGCUCGACUACCGGAUACCCUACUAUAGCGGUGCGCCCACCUUUAUGAACAGCGUCCAAUUCGCACAACGCGGGUCAGGCAUUCUGCUAUCACAAGGUGCACUUCGACGCUACUCGAAAUCGUACGACGAACUGUACUCUACUAGAUGGGAAGCACGUGUUGGUACGGAAUGCUGCGGUGACCUGCUCCUCGCCAUCGCCCUCAACGACGCGCACGUCGAAUUCUACUCCUCUUGGCCCCUCCUCCAAGGCGAACAACCCAACACGCUCGAUUACACCAAGAAGCACUGGUGCGUACCCGCUGUGUCGUGGCACCACAUCAAUGGCGAAGACCUCGCUGGCAUGUGGGACAAAGAGAAGAAUUGGACGCACACGCACGGCUGGAAGAAACCGUACCUAUACCGCGACGCCUUCCACGAGUUUGUAGAGCCGCAUAUGGAGGCGCAGAAGGCAGAAUGGGAUAAUCUGAGCCAGGAUACGAAGAUUGUGGCGCCCCAGGGACGGCAGAAGCAGAUGAAGGAGGAGGAAGAGAGGAGUAAAAAACAUCAACUAGAAGGGGAGGAGACGAAAGGUAAGGACAAGGGGCAGGAAAAGAAUCAGCGACUUAAGAGAGAAGAUAAAAAUGGUCCGAUCAAUUGGGAUAAGCUUGCCGAGAAGUUCAAGGAUGCGGGUGAUACCUCUGAGCGCUGCCAAAAGGCGUGCGAAGAAGUGGAUGAUUGUCUGCAGUGGCGGUACUCGACGAAAGGUGAUGGCGAGUGCCAUCUAGGCAAAGUGCUUAGACUGGGCAAAAAGACCGAAGGAAACGACAAGUGGACAAGCGGGUGGUUGGUCGAUCGCGUGAAGGAGGUAGCGAAAGAGUGGGAGUGCAAAGAAGUCAAUUGGAAGUUCUAUCAGUAAUCCUUGAUCGAUUUCGAACAUCCUGGCCUCAUGAGCAUAGGGUGCAUUUGGAGUUUGGGAGCUUUGGUUGGUAUUGCUAUUUGGAUCUUGGCGGCUGCAGUGCAUCGCUGGAGUCAGCAUUUAUGUCUUGUGUGUUUCGUAUACCCCUUCCAUGUUAUAUAUUGACACGUAGAAGAUCAUUCACACACAUUGUAGAAAUGAUCACCUCGCAAUGGAUUUUAAAAGCGCUCAUGCGGUAUGCCGAUAACCUGCCGUGGUCGAUUUCCAAUCUAUAAUUUUUAGCCGCG